CCUGCAACUGGGCGGGCAGAGGGUGUGAGACCAUGAAGCCAUGGCUUGCUUGAGCUGUUGCUGCUCUCCAGCGCUGCGUGGUGAUUCCGGGGCGCCACCAGCAGGGGAGAUCCAGAGACCCGACUCUCAGCGAGAGCGCUUGCAGGAGCUUGUUUGCAACUUCGUGCGCCAUGCAUCCAGUGAAGGCCAGCUUUGCCGCGCUGGCGGAGCAGAAGGGUUUCAAGAUGCUGAGUAUCGGCUCUUGGACAGGGCAUCAAAGCUGGAACUGCGGAGCGCUGCUCCUGAGAAGGCAUUCUUGGUAUCCUGGAACAUCCGUGACCUUUUGGUGCGCAGCGCCCACGAGGAUGCCACGCAGUCCGCGAAGUGCGGGGAGGCCUGUGAUCUCAUGCGAUCCAUCAUCCUUGCUGGGGAAGCUGGACGUUGGAUUCUCGUGGUUGGUAGUGAGGAGGAACGAGAGCGCUUUGUUUGCAUCAUGCAGAUCCUACAACUUUACCAGGGCCUUGCAAGCCGCCUUGCUGGCUUCUCCACUCCAAAGAAGAGCGAAGCCCAGUACGGGGAAGGAGGUUUGCUCCGGCCUGGCACUUAGGCGCUUGGGUUGAUGCGGGUACCCAGCACUCAUCGGAAGAUUCAUUGGGCAUAUUACCAAAAAGAACAAAUGAGAAAGUGCUGUUUUGUAAGGAGAGCAAUUGUUGCUGGUGGAUCUGUAUAUGCUGGCACAAGCCAAGGCCGCCUGCAAGCAGUCCGGCCACUUCCCUGGUGUCUCCCUUUGCGUUCAAAGCGCCGGCUCCUCCUCCGACACCGCAGAAGCUGCAAUUUCAAAGCAAUUGUUUAUAGGGUGUAAAUGGCCUUAGUGUGAGAUGCGGGACCUCAGACUCUGUCUGAAUGGGUCCAAGUCUCUCUUUAGAUAAGUUUGUGUCGGCUGCUGCUGCCGCCAUUUUGGACACCCAUAGCUUCUAGCACCAUGCCUUGGACAGUCUCAACUUGUCACCUCUGUGUACUGGUACUUCUCAUGGCUGUUAUCUAAUGCCUGGGCUACUAAAGGUGAGGUUGACUCGUUGAAAGAAUGUGAGUUGCCCGUGUGUCGAUCACGCUUCACAACAACUACA